CCUCUGCAAGAUCUACUAUCUGAAUAUUGAGUGGGCUUCGCACUUUGCGGGACGUGAGUCUAGUCAAAGUGGGGUCAGAGGCACUGAGGGAUUUGUACCCUUGUCUUUGAGAUCGAUAUCUUCCUUACUGUUUGGUAUUAAUAGGUCUUUCUCUUCUCACAGAAUUACAACAGCAUCCCGCCAUGCCUCUGGGAACACCUGCCCCCCUCAACAAGCGGAAAAAGCCCUCCAAGAUCAUAACUGACCUAUCGCAUAUCAGUCAGGAUGAGUUUGAGUUGGAGCCAGAGGCAUCAGAGUUUGAUCUGGGAACAAAGAUCAGGACUCCCAAAGAGAUCAUGCUGGAGGAGCUUUCCCUGCUGAAGAACCGGGGCUCUAAGAUGUUCAGGAUGAGGCGGCAGAGAGUUGAGAAGUUCAUCUACGAGAAUAAUCCUGAUGUUUUCACCAGCGACUCGAUGGACAACUUCCAGAAGUUUGUUCCAUCUUUAGGAGGUCAAAUAGGAGGUCAGUUUAUAAAUAUUGGAGGGCACUAUGUUAGCAAAGAGACAAGACAUCUGUAUUUAGGAGCUACACCCGUGGGAGGAGGGGCACCGGUGCCUCCUCCUAAGCCUGGAAGCAAAUGGGCAGGAGCUGGAGGAGCAGGUGGUGCUGGAGGUGCAGGAGGAGGAGACUUGUCUGGGGAUGACAAAGGCAGUAAAGAAGAAGGAACAAGUGAGUGGUCAUCUUCAAGAGGAGCUGGAAAAGGUGGCAAAAGUAAGACGUUGGCAGUUGUGAAGACAUAUGUGUCACCAUGGGAGAAGGCCAUGAAGGGUGAUGAGAACCUGCUUGCCACUCUAAAACCUGAAAUGCCUGGUCCCAUUGACCGAAAACAUCUGCCCAAAUACAAAAGCUUCAACAGGAUGGCCAUACCCUACGGCGGCUUCGCAAAGGCCAACCAGCUCAUGAAAUUCCAGUUGCCAGAAACUGAGGUGACCAAAGAGGAGCCUGAACCCGCAGUGCUGUACCAACAUGACAUCAGCUGCCGUCCCUCCUUCAAUCGUACCCCUAUUGGCUGGGUGGCCAGCAGCGAGCCUAGCAGCAUCCACAUGGAGACGGAUGCUGUACCCUUUGAUGGAGAGACAGAUGAGCUGUGAAAACAUGAUCAUACUGUGAUUGCAAAUACUCCCAUGUUAGCCUGACUAUAUGGAUAAAGUUUAGCCUGCUCAGACACACUGUAGGUGAGCUAAAAAGUCUUUGUAGAACUGAUGAAACUGAAUGACUCAGUGUGAAUAACAGAAAGUGUAAAUGCUCGUAUAUUCCUCUGUAUUGAGAUGUAAGGGAAAGACAAAGCUGUAGAUAUUAAACAUCAAAUGUCAAGGUUUAAUUAUGGCUUUAAAAGUUCCAAACUCGCAGGAAAGAGGAAUGACUUGUGUAUGAAGAUGGAGAUUUCAGCUGAGUGAUGUCUGUUUCUGCUCCCUUAAUAUUUCUUCACUAUUUUCCUUUGCAUUUUUGCUAAAACACUUUGAUUCUUUAUAAAGGUAUGAACACCCCUGAAUGCUGCCUGAUUUGGAAUCAAAGUUUUUGUUAAACGCACAUGACGCAACAUCAUUUUACCAAAAUAAACCCUCCUCUUGUUGAGUGAUAAAAA